AUGGUAAACAAUGGUGGAAGGACUAUCGUAAUUCUGACUGUGAAGCAAAACAAGGCAAUCAAUUGCUCACCUGAGGACUCCAUUACAAACUUCCAGUUCCAAGAUUGUCGUCUUUGGGCAGCGGUCAGCGGACAGGAUGAAGCGUUCUUAUUUGAUGAUUCAUCACAGUUUUGUCCACGUGAUGAUGUCUCCAUUGGGAACGUCUUAGGACCCAUUCUGCGCUUGCUCCUCCCCUUUAUUCUCAUUCUAUUCAUGGUGCUGCAUCUCCUGUUCAGUCUCUAUGCGGUCCGUCUUCUCCUGCCCCCGUGCCUCGUUCCUAUUCUCAUCACCAUCGUCCUCCUCCUUCUCAUCCUCAUCAUCUCUCCAUUCCUCGGCUUUUUCUAG